AUGGGCGACGAAUUAGAAGAGUUCCUUCUAAGUUUUAGGGAUAAAAUAGGAUCCCAAAGUUACCAAAAGGUAGCCACAAUUCUUCCAGAAAAUGAUUUUACGUCUACAUUAGCGUUAAAAUUGUUAGAUAGCUAAAAUCUUGAAGAAAUACUUAAAGGAUCGGAGUUGCCACUUGGGGCAAGGAAAAUAUUGGACUACCAUGAUCUUGACUUGAUAAAAAAAUAAUCUUCGUUGAAUCGAAAGGCUUCUAAAUAUUGCUGCAAUAAAAACGUAACCUCACCAGACGAGGCAUGUAGUGACAAUGAGACUACCCAUGGCGUUGCUACUGAAACCUCCAAGCAGAAUUCCACUGUGGUAUGUACAAAUAUAUAUAAAUAUGGUUAUAUGGUUUAUGCUGCAAUAAAAUUAUAUAAUGUAAAACAUUUCAGUUUGAUAUUAUACUAACAUCGCAUUUGCUGUUACCUAGAGUAAGACUACGGAAUAUCCAACGACAGCAAAGCGGCCAUUGCAAAAUCGUCAAAGAAAUGUCGAAGAGCAAAUUCGUGCAAAUCGACAAGAGUUGCAGGUGAUGCAAGUCCGUUUGGAAUCAAUGAACAUAAACGUACCGGAAUUACCUGAGAUUGGAAGGUAUAAAGUCGUCUGUGGUAAUUGUCAUCACCGAGGACACAGAAAUCAACAAACUAAACCAUGUAUCAUGGAAAGAUGCUCGUCAUUUACGUACUGUGGCAUUAAGGAUAAACAUCCGGAAUAUCGAAUGAAGUGCGCCAUAAAAAAAAGAGCGACGCUAUUAAACAACUUGAAGAAGAAUUAG